UUUCUGGAGGCUCAAGUAAUUGUUUUGUUAUAGAAUUUACCUAUAUGACGGUUCCUUUGUUUGAUAUAAGUCAAUUCUGUAAAGGCCUUCAAAAUCAAACAGACGCACUUUGUAACAGACCUUUGGUGCUAUGUCCUCAAUUAGAUCAGUACCAAAGGAGAAUUACAGAUGGUAUCAAGUGUAAUUUAAGUGAAAUGAGGGAUUUGAUAGCAGUACUCAAAGCUCACGUAGAUGCGCGUCCCGGAGACUUUUCUAAUGAAUUCAACCUUUUUGAAUGUCACUUAGAAGCAUUCGAGUUGCUUUUCCUAGAAUAUUUUGAACACGUAAAAUGUGGGGAUAGAAAGCAAGCAGUAGCUACUAGGCAAAAGGUAGCAGAUAUGCUUCAGUACUGUUCUAACUCCUUGCAUAAACAAUUGAAAAUCAUUGUUCAAAAUGACAAAUUCGAUUAUUCGUACCUAUGCAUCCAGUACGCAAAAUGGUCUCUCUGGCUGAAUCCAGAUCUCUCAAGCUUGAACGAAACAGUUAUCGAUAUCUGCCAAAAAUCAAAAACAAAACUGGAGCAGGAAAAAGUUAACGCCACUAAAUCAUAUGAUCAUGGUGAAUUAUCGGAUUAUGUAGUACCCGAGAAAUGUUUCAACCUUAUACGAGUGUAUGAAAACUGGACCUGGACGAAUCUCAAAAAUCGAGUUGGAGCAGUUCAAAAGUUGGACUUGAUUGGAGCUCACCAGAAUUCUGACCAUAAUGUAAUGUGUCAAUUAUCGAUUGCGAUGAAAGAAAUCCUAGAACUACAAAACUUACUAGAGACACUAACAAACGAAUAUCAAAUCGAAUUUCAGCAAAAUGAUCCGAAAACUGUUUUAGCAGAUAAAAGAAUCUUGAUUGCUGAUAAAUGUGCUGAAGCUGCACAUUGUUGCUUACAGCAAACAUUUGCCAAGUUCUUCCGUAUUCAUGCUUUAAAGUUUGCCCACCACGGAGUGCUGAUGAAUCCUAGCAACUCAGAUUGCUUUGAUAUUCUGAUCAAUUUGUUUCAAUUAGAAAGAGAAGAGGCUGACGAAAACUUGAAAACGUUUGAGGCCAAGUUUGGUCAAAAUUCAACCGAGAACAAAGAAACAGAUCUAAUGACACUGGUUGAAAGGGACAUUGAUGCAAUUUCAGGCACUAAUGCAGGCGAAAUUUUUCUCGACCACCUGUGAAAAUUUAACCUAUAAGUUUCUAACCAUUAUUUCUCUCUAUAGCUUAAGCUAAGAUCUUGGUUAGUUGCAUUGAAAAUUGUGUCAAGAGAAGGUUGUGUCCCAAACAAAAUAGUCCAAAAGCUUACAAAUUUCCGAGACAUUUGUGUACGAGACAAAAUUUCCCCAGUUCUGACAAUUCAAUUU